AGCGCGUAAAUGUUGUGAAUCGAGUUAUUUUUUUCGUUACUGAGUGAUGUUCAAGUACAACUCAUAGAAAUGAUAACAAACAAGCUGAUAAGGGCUAAGUGUUGAAUAAAGUUAACGUCGUUGAUGCUGUCGAGAAGUGUUUAUGGUGUGAAAUUGACAUAAAGUUGUGAUUAUGUGGCUUGUAGCAAAGUUUGUACAAUAAAUUAAUGUGUUUAUUAAUGAAAUGUGUUGUUACGCACUUGAGCUUCCCUCGGCGGGUGACGUGAGCGGCAGUGCUGCCGCGGUGACAGAAGCUCUAAACUAAACGACAGUAGCCAAAGAAUCGCUCGGUACCUCGCGACACCGAGCGAUUUUCUUAAUUUUCCACGAAAAUGGCCAACAGUUUCGAACCAAUGGCCAAAUCAAAGCAUUUCCCGAUAGAUCAGCUAGUCCGGGUCGGCAAUUACAAUCUAGAAAAGACAAUAGGAACGGGGAAUUUUGCGGUGGUAAAACUAGCUACACAUGUAAUAACGAAAUGUAAGGUCGCGAUAAAAAUAAUAGACAAAAGCCGACUGGACGAAGACAAUCUGAAGAAGACCUUUAGAGAAAUAGCAAUCAUGAAGAGACUGCGGCACCCACACAUAGUCCGAUUGUACCAGGUAAUGGAGAGCACACACACGAUAUACCUAGUAACAGAAUACGCUCCGAACGGGGAAAUAUUCGAUCACCUAGUAUCAAAAGGGCGCAUGCCGGAGCCGCAGGCAGCGCGGCUAUUUUCACAAAUGGUGUCGGCAGUAGGGUACUGCCACGCUCGAGGGGUCGUACACAGAGACCUCAAGGCAGAGAACCUGCUGCUUGACACACACAUGAACAUCAAGUUGGCAGACUUCGGGUUCAGCAAUGAGUACGUACGCGGGGGCGCGCUGGCCACCUGGUGCGGGAGUCCGCCGUACGCCGCGCCAGAACUGUUCGAGGGGCGGAGAUACGACGGGCCCAAAGCAGAUAUAUGGUCGCUGGGCGUGGUGCUAUACGUGCUGGUGUGCGGCGCCUUGCCCUUCGACGGCGGCACGCUGCACGAGCUGCGGGCUGUCGUACUGGCCGGCAAGUUCCGGAUACCCUACUUCAUGUCGCAAGAAUGCGAGCAGCUGAUCCGGCACAUGCUGGUGGUGGAGCCAGAGAAGAGGCUGUCGCUCCGCGGCGUCGCCAAGCACCGCUGGCUCUCCUCGCACCACGCCGGCCCCGGCCCUCCUGCGCCUAUAGAUCCAUCGACGGGGGCGUGCACGUGUCACCCGGCCGGCGUGGCGGCGACUCCCUCGCACGACACCGUGCUGUCCCACAUGCUCACCUUGCCCGGGCUCACCCCCGACCUCAUACAACAGUCUGUCCAAGAAGAACGUUUCGACCACAUAUCUGCCAUCUACCACCUACUUAUGGACAAAGUGCAGCAGCGGACCCAGAGGAUACACAGAGAUUCUCUGGAGUCGCCAGCGGGGGACCAAGGCGGCGGGGCGCUGGACCUCACUAGUUGUAAGAGCGAGGCAGAAGAGCAAAUGGAAGCGGAAGACUCGUGUCAAGACUGCCUGGUGCUGCCUGACGCUGUAGACUACUUGUCUGAACGGACUGACAGUCUGGAACAGUUUGGUUCCGGGGGCAGCGCGCUGCCGGCGGCGGCGCGCGCGCAGCCCGCCGACCCGCAGCGCAGGCACACCGUGGGCCCGCAGCCCCGCCAUGACCAGAUGGACGUGGGUUCGGCGCUGGGUUCGGCCGCGUCGGCGGACGGACGGAACGCGCCUCUCUACGUCUCCGAAUUCACUCAAAGUUCAUCGCGCGAGGCGCCAGUGGUGUCCAUGUUGCCCCACACCAACUUGGCCGCACCUCUCCCCGCGUGGCACCACUUUAGUGUGAAAGACCAGCAUUUAUUGAAGCCGCCGAUAGCCAUGCAAAGUCAGGCGUCAACAUUCGGUCGGCGCGCGUCCGACGGAGGAGCUCACGUGCCGCGCGGGAGGGAGAGAGCAUGCUGCCACAGCGCGCCGCCGCACCACGUGUCGGACAGCGGAGCGCCCACGCCGCAAGAAGACCCGGAACAAACUGAAGACAUAUGCAGGUACAUGAUGAACCGCGGCAGCAGUAAGCGGCACACGAUGGCGACCACGGAGGACGCGGCCAACACCGCCGCCGGACCUAUGCCAGCUGCAUCUCCCUCGUCGUCGGCCAACAUGCGCGUCAGAAGGACGGGCCUCCUGACGGUGACAGAGCGCCCACCCGUAAUAAGUCCAGAGUUAGUAAUGGAAGUGGAGGCGCGAAUGAAAAGGAACUAUCUACCGCCGUCCAUCGGAUACCAAUACCAGUACCCUAGUGGAUACCAGAGCCCACCCUCCCAGAGCCCAACGCUGGGCUCCAUCACCGCCGGCACGCCCAACCCCAUACAAAAUAUAGAACCGGUAACGAAAACCGGUUCUAUUAUGUCUGGCACGCCCAUCACAACUCAAGCCGUAACGCCCUACACACCUACCGUACUCUCAAAUUACACAAAUCAAGGAUCUAUAAUGACUGGAACGCCUAUCAAUACCGGUUUCGAAACCAAUUACAAUUACAAUAAUUUCGUACCGGGAUCCAUAACCAGCGGGACGCCAGCAGCGUACCAGAAUCAAACGACGAAUACCGGUUUCCAAGUACCGGUUUCGCCCGCUCAGUACACUCAGACGCAUAAUGCCGGUUUCCAAGUACCGGUUUCGCCCGCUCAGUAUACUCAGGCGCAUAAUACCGGUUUCCAAGUACCGGUUUCGCCCGCUCAGUACACUCAGGCGCACAAUAACAGGCAGAGGAAGUACUCGGGCUCGCAGCGAGUCAAGUUACAAUUGUUGGCGACAGUACAAGAGAAUAUGGCGCGCGAGCACGCGGAGCGCUACUCGCCGGUGCGGCGCGCCGAGUGCUCCCCGCCUCGGGCCGCGCACGACCUCGCCUCGGCGCGGCUAGAGUACCAGCAACUACAGCGCGGGUUAGAGCGACGCGGAGCAGGGGCGGGUGUGACCGCGUGCGCGGGCGCGUCGCCGCCGCACGACGUGCGCCUGCACACGCCCGCCGCCUCCAUGCCGAACUCGCCCAUCCACGGCGCCUCCCCGCCCGCGUUAGAGCUGUCCUCGCUUCCUGAACCUGAACUACCGCACAUGAUGCUCACUCAGGACUUAGCGUUAAAAUUGGGGUUGAAGUUCGGCGGGGAGUACGCGACGCCGCCCGCGCCGCCCGGCUCCCCGCUGCGGCAGAUCACCGAGGGGCUCAGCUACCUGCACACCGGCUCCAUCACUAGAGGGACCCCUCAAGCGAAUGCGACGCCUCUGGACCUGCGACAAAACUCCGACAUGGACACCGGCCACAUGCACCCCAGCCUGCACCCGCUGCACCACGUGCACAGGUCCCUGAACAAUAGCCCGAUCUCAAACCCCGGCUCUCCGCUUGACAUGAUUCAGGAGGAGAUCAACAACGGAUGCUCCCAGCUCAGCUUCACACAGGAGAUGAACCGCAAUCUCCAGCAACAGUUCCAGCACUACGUCUCCACGCAUCCUCAGAUCAGUCUGACCGACUGUCUCGGCUCCGAGAUCACCCUCGUGGCCUCAUCAUCAGAGGACAGCAUGGACAGCUUGGAGAACACCAAAUACCCCCUCCCACAGUUCGUCAUAUCUGAACCCUCCGAUCUAGAACCUUCCAUAACCAAGGGAAUUGGCAGAAAAGUCAGCCAAGAAACGGAGGCUGUCGAAGAAAAGGAUACGGAAAUGCAGAGCCCGAAAGAUGAAGAUAAAAGCAGAAGAAACAGUGAAAAAAGCUUAGGUUUCAGCGAUGAUUCUUUAAGCAACGAUUCCGCUAACGUGUCGCCAAAUUGCGAGCAAAAUAUACAGUCAAUUUACUCAAAUAUAGUAUCUAUUAGCUCGGGUUUUAGCGAGAAUCGCGGAAGCUUCUCGGAACAUAGAGAAUCUUUCUCGUUCUCGGAUAGGGGUAGCUUCUCGGAGCGCGGCGAAUUCGGACGAUCGUCCUUUUCAGAAAGGAGCGACUUGGGACGAGGCAGCUUUUCGGAAAAAGGUGAAACUCCCAGAUCGUCGUUUUCCAAUCAGGGUGUUUUAGGCGAUGUACAGGAGGAAUUUUUCCCUAGGGAUAGGUUAGAGAAAUGCGACGAAGGCGAGGAGAUAGAAAAACUACAGAAAUCAACUAUGGACUUAAGGUUAACGGACAUAUGCCGGCCGGAUGUAAAGAUACCUAUAUUAUUAAGUCCCCAAAAAGUCUCAUGUAUACAGGAAUCUUAUGAAGUAAUGUUGUCAACGGUAUGUUCGAAGUUAGAUUCACAAAGUAUAGUGGAGUUACUAAAGGACACGAUAAACUCCAGAGUACCGCCGCAGAACAUAUUCGUGGAAACUCAGGAGAGCCACGAUGAUACUCUGACGGGUUUAAACCUGGAGUACUCUGGCGGUAUUCAGAUAGAGCUGGUGCUGUGCGAGAACAAAGCGAUGGAGAAGAAGGGGCUGAAGAUGAGGAGGAUCUCAGGGGAUCAGAGGGAGUACGGGAAGCUGUGCCAGCAGCUCAUCACGAGUCUCACGGUCUGAAAGUGAAAGCUUUUAUUUAACUUGCAAUAUAUACAGGGUGACCUUAGCCAUUGGACAAAUCCUGAAAUCCCAUGUAGGGUUACUUCUCAGGAAUGCUCUAAAGUUAAUAUUUUUUUAAUUAGAACAAAAGACAAAAAAAUAAUUUUUUGAACAAAAGUUAUUUUCAAUGAUCGACAACAAAAAGAAACAUACUGUAUUAAUCACUGGCAGUGUUUUUGACAAUUUGUUCGAAAAUGAGCGGCAAAGAUGACAUUUGACAAAAGUCAGAAUCUUAUUACUCUUAUUAGUGACUAAAGGUUGACUGGUAGAGAAUGCCGUGUAGCAUUAAGUCCGCCUUUUGUCACUGUAUAUUCUUACUGUGCAAUAAAGUUUAAAUAAAAAAAAAAAUUAAAAAGGUCGAAGAAGGUUUAAUACUAUUUAUUACCUCAGGAGCUACUAAAGUACUAACACAUACAGGCUGCUUUAAAGUAAAAAAUCGUAAUUUGUUAAUUUCUUCAUAACCGCUACACCGGUUGUUAUGAUAAAGUAUCAUAACAACCGGUGUAGCGGUUAUGAAGUAUACUGGUUCUAAACACCCUAAUGCGUAUGUAUAUUUCGGCUGUGUCCAAUGGCUAGGGACACCCUGUAUAGGGAGCGUGCUAAAACUAGCGCCUACGCCAAUUCUUGGAAAGUUGCCAAGCGGACCCCAGGCUCCCAUGAGCCAUGGCAAAAUGCCGGGAUAACGCGAGGAAGAUGAUGAUAGGGACCGUGCGAGUUGAAGGGUCUGCCAUCUUGUGGCCUGAAUAGGAAACAUAAACUAAACAUUGACACUUCACGCCAAAGCAAGUGUUGCCCUCUACCGUUCAUGAACGUUUUCUUGUUUAAAUUCUGCCAUCUUGUGGGCUACAUUGGAACAAAGAGAAUUAAAUAGACAGAGUGUACUCCAUACAUCAGUUUUGUUACCAAAACGACUAUUAUUAUCGUAGUCGACAUCUACUUAGCGGAACUAACAGUACUGCUACUCGACACUAGAUGUCACAUGUGUCGCGACUGACGAAGUCUAUUGCUCAACAAUUUAAAACUAAUAUAAGCAGAAGGAGUUGAAAACAGUUCCGGUUAAUCCGGUUAUAAUAUUAGCUGAUAAACGUUGAGAAUUAGGCUUUCCGUUCGUCGCGACAUCUAUUGUCGAGUAGCAGUACUGAUAGUUCCGCUAAUUGACGCUAGAUGUCGACUACGAUAAUAAUAGUCGUUUUGGUAACAAAACUGAUGUAUGGAGCGAGCACUAUGUCUUCUUAAUUCUCUUUGAUUGGAAGCUUAAAUUUAACAUUUGUGACGUUUUCAAGUAAAAGGUAGCACAUUGUCGCUUACCAUAAGGACGAAAUUUGCUACCACAAUUUGCAAUUUUUUUUUAAUUUGUUUUUUUUUAUUCUAUUUGUGAGUAUCUUUAUACGAAUAGCCUGUCAGAGCUAUUCGUAGAGAGACAGAGAUGGCAAGCGACAAAGUGGUACCUUUUGCUUGAAUACACAUUUAUACUUCGCGUCAAUAAACAGAAGUUACAGCAGGCACCCGUGCUGCCACCUACAGUUUACGCACGUUCCCUAUAUGUAUGUAUGUUCGUGUCAAAUCAUGCAAGCUAAAAUAAACCCACUUCCCAUUAUUCGAUUGAGCUGUAGCUAAAACUGUACAUACCUAUACAUAUGUAUAGUUUGAAUCUUCUCAAAUUAUUCUUACGCCAGACUAAUCUGUUAAACAAAAGCCAUUGUUUCUUUUCUGCGUGUAGCCAUUGUGUGUCAUCGCGUGGCACGCGCUCAGGCACAAUGGCCACGCGCCAGAAAAGAAACAAUGGCUUUUGUUUAACAUAUUAGGGUCUGGCGUAAAAAUCAUUUGAGGAGAUUCAAACUAUAAGUUGGGUGACAAUGCAAUACAAUGGUCAAAAAUAUGUGAACACGACUUUAUUGUCUAAGGUAUAAAAGCGUACACAUAUUUUUGAAAAUUUGGGAAUGUAUAUAUAUUUAUGCCUUUGACUGUACCAUCGUGCUGAUCUGGGCCCUGUUUAUCAAAAGCUUGUAGCUUGUAAUAAUAAGCUACAAGCUUUUGAUAAACGGGCCCCUGAUGAUGGAAUUACCCCAGUAGUCUUGAGGUAUUUGUGGUAUUUUCUAUAAAAAGGGACCUUAUUGUCGAUGGCGCUUACGCCAUUAUAAACGAUGCUCCGAUAUAAAUACAAUGCCGCGCGACGCUGUGCGGCGUAAGCGCCAUCAUAAGGUCCCUUUUCAUAGAAAAUGUCCCAUUUGAGACGGCCGCUCGAAUGGGAAUCCACGUUAACUUUGAAUACUAUUCGACUCCAAAUUCCUAAACUUUGUAAAAAAGAUAUUUCCUAUAUUUUGCAUUCCAUGUGAAUUUGAUUCCUACAUUGCGAACAAUUUGAUAUCAAUUAGAGUUUUUACGAAAAUUGUGUUGUGGAGAGGCAAGAGUGACGCUUGUUGUUAAUUAUAACAAUACUAUUGCUUCUGGGGCUUAUUUUAUAAACAUUACAAUUCGACAAAUUUGUCAAAUGAGACGGAUUUGUGAAAUUUUGCCAAUUUAAUAAUGUUUUAAUAAAUAUUACACAUUUGCCAGAAAGACAUGUAUAAUUGUAAAAUAAUUCACAAAUUGACAAAUACUUAACAAUUACAUAUCUGUGGAUUAUAAUUUGGGACAUUUUCUAUGAAAAGGGACCGAAUUGUCGAUGGCGCUUACGCCGCACAGCGUCGCGCGGCAUUGUAUUUAUAUCGGAGCAUCAUUAAUAAUGGCGUAAGCGCCAUCGACAAUAAGGUCCCUUUUUAUAGAAAAUACCACAUUUUUGCGGUUUAUAUAUUCAUCACGUAAAAUAUGAUAAAGGGUUAUUGAAAAAAAAAUAACCAUGAAAGUUGUGAAAAUCUAGUCAAAAUUUAAAAUCGAUAUCAGUUUUACUACAAUUUACAAUGGGCGUUUCUCCGGUCUUCAUAAGUUGCAUUUUGCCAUCGGACAUUAUCCAAGUUUUUUGAUAGCAUAAUAAGGUGGAAAUGAAUUAAUAUUGUACCUAACGUUUUACUAUAGCUUAGUGCCUGUGUCGCUUGACAUGUCAGUAGGGGAGACUGGGUAAAGUUGAUCUACGGGAGAGUCGAACUUAAGAGUCCGCAGCAAGCUCGGUUCUCCAUUCAAACGUAGUUACGCUCUCAUUUUAUAACGACUAGCUAGAUUGCUCUGAAACUUUGUACUUACAAUAGGAUAAGGUAUAUCUAUGUCCGUAAUUAGUUUAUGUAGCUUCAGAUACCAUAGUUAAGAAUACAGCGAAUUUAAGUUUUUCAUACAAAACUUGUUUUUGCUCUAUUUCGUUUUAUAAGCUGGAGCUAUAUAAACUAAUUACAGACCUAGAUAUACCUCAUGUCAUUGUAUGUGUAAAGUUUCAUUAAAAUCCAACACGUAGUUUUAAAUAAAAAUAUAACUAAAUGAAAAAAAAAAAAACGUUUAUUUCAGAUCUGCAUUGAUCCAUAACGGUGGGUGUUAGUAUAAAAUCUUAAAAACUAUGUUAACUACUAAAUAAAAUAUAACAAAACAACAAAAAAAAGUUAGACGUGGCCACUAGGUGACCAGCAGCGUAGGUGGCCAUGCUUUAUUUCGCUCUCCCAAUCGCCACCUCCACCCAAAUCCAAAGCUCCUCGUACAGUCGCCAUCAGAUAUAUCGAAGCGGCCGAGGCUCUCACAAAUAUCUGAACACGCCUCUAUUGUCAAGGCGCUAGGUGCGUGUUCAGAUAUUUUUGAGCACCUCGGCCGCUCCGAUAUAUCUGAUGGCGACUGUACAUAAAGCCUCUACAUUUUAAAUAUAUUAGUAUAAAUAGUACUGAGAUUACGACUGACACAUACACCAAGCUACAGUGAAAACUUAAGGAAUGUAAUUUAUUCAAUGUGUAACAUCAAAUGUGACGUUCCACGACGAAAGGUGCCUUAUCGCGGUCGCGUAGUACCGCAUUAGUACCCUUUUGUCAAUAAUGGCGUAAGCGCCGAUCGCCAUAAUAAGGUACCUUUCGUCGUAGAACGUCACAAAUAGUAAUAAAUUUAUUAGAAUAUUUUUUUUACAUAAUUGAAUGGAUUAACUCCGGUCUUUCCUACGUAUUUUUUCUAUCGAAUUAGUAAAUUAUAGCUUUAAUUUGUUUUUGAAUAUAUGUAGGUAUACAAUUAAUUAUGUUCACUUCACCAAUGUAUAUAGUAUGCACUCUGUAUAUGAUGUUUAAAUAAAAUAAUUUAUUCCAAAUAUAGUUUAUUAAAAUAAAUAUUUAGGUAUUUUAAUAAUAAAUGCUUUGUAAAUAACUGUAGAUGCGUUUCUGAUUGUAUGUAUUAUAUAAGUUUUAAUGUGGCUUUCCGCAGAAGGGUUCGUAUGUUUCAUGUGUAAUGUGUCCUUUUUAUCAGGUCCUUGCACAUGAAACAUACGGACCCUUCUCUGUUGGAAAGCCACAUGAUCAAGGUACGUGCGGGGGCGAGAUGAGAAUGUGCAUAUGUGGUAUUUUCUAUAAAAAGGGACCUUAUUGUCGAUGGCGUUUACGCCAUUAUUAACGAUGAUAUAAAUACAAUGCCGCGCGGUGCUGUGCGGCGUAAGCGCCAUCGACAAUAAGGUCCCUUUUCAUAGGAAAUGCCCCAUUUUUCUACUUAUUGUCCUCGCCUCGGCCAAGCAAUAAUGUACCUUACUCUCAUAGAUACUAGGUCGAUAGUUUGCCAUAAGUGUAGUUAUGAAACUUUGAAUACCUUGUAAAUAAUAUUUUAAUAAAUAUUCCAGUUCGAAA